UUUUUGCCGGCUCUUAUGGGAAUUAAGCACUCGUCCCGCUGCAUGCUCCUCAGGAGAAAAAUGGCGGAGUCUGAGAGCAGUGAGCAACCACAGCAACAGCCACAGCCACAGCCAAUCCGCAUAAUUCCAUCCCAGUCGGCACAGCCCACCUCAUUGCCCAAGCCGGUGCCUUCCAUCCAGCAUGCCGCGAGGACUCCUUUGCCGCCACAUACGCCCCAUGCCGCCAGCCUUCCUAGCUGUCCCGGGCGGGGCAAGAUGUCCAAAUUCCUUAGCCCGGAGGAGAUGACCUCACGUGACUACUACUUUGACUCAUAUGCACACUUUGGUAUACAUGAGGAGAUGCUGAAGGACGAAGUGAGGACGCUCACCUACAGGAAUUCCAUGUACCACAACAAGCACGUCUUCAAGGACAAAAUAGUGCUGGAUGUUGGAAGCGGGACGGGGAUCCUGUCCAUGUUUGCGGCCAAAGCAGGGGCAAAGCACGUGUAUGGGAUUGAAUGUUCCAGUAUAUCAGAGUACUCAGAGAGGAUCAUCAAGUCCAACCACCUCGACAGUGUGAUCACCAUCUUCAAAGGAAAGGUGGAGGAGGUGGAGCUUCCUGUUGAGAAGGUUGACAUCAUAAUAUCCGAGUGGAUGGGCUACUGCCUGUUCUAUGAAUCCAUGCUCAACACCGUCAUCUUUGCCAGGGACAAGUGGCUGAAACCCGGUGGAUUAAUGUUUCCUGACCGUGCCUCUCUGUAUGUGGUUGCCAUAGAAGACAGGCAGUACAAAGACUUCAAAAUACAUUGGUGGGAGAACGUGUAUGGCUUUGACAUGACCUGUAUCCGUAAUGUGGCCAUGAAGGAACCACUGGUGGACGUAGUGGACCCCAAACAGGUGGUGACAAACUCCUGCCUCAUCAAGGAAGUGGACAUCUACACGGUAAAGGCUGAAGACCUCUCAUUUACCUCAGCGUUCUGCCUGCAGAUCCAGAGGAACGACUACAUCCAUGCACUGGUCACCUACUUCCACAUUGAGUUCACUAAGUGUCACAAAAAGAUUGGUUUCUCCACCGCGCCAGAUGCUCCAUAUACCCACUGGAAGCAGACGGUGUUCUACCUGGAGGACUACUUGACGGUACGGAGAGGAGAGGAGAUCACUGGCAGCAUUGCUAUGAAGCCCAAUGAGAAAAACACUCGAGACUUGGACUUUACCUUCGAGCUGGAUUUCAAAGGACAGCUGUGUGAAGCGGCCAUAGCCCACGACUACAAGAUGCGCUAAUUUCGACUGGGGGACUUUGGUGCCCCAUUGAGUAUAAUCCCCUGAGCACCAGAGGGAGACAGAGACACUCCCAUGACCCUAGACGAUGUAUGAGGGGCAUAAGAGAAAAGACCAGGCCAAAGACCAAGCAGAGGUGGCCCCACUGACAAUAUCACAAGCUUGUCACUACAGUAUAUGAUGAAGGCAGGAAGUUACUGAUGCCGACUGUUAAACCAUUUUGAAUGUAACACUGACAAAAACAGGCCAGGAAUACUCUCUAGUCUUGAUGGGUGUUAUUGGUUAUUGAUGUGUGUAUAUGUGAGAUGGAGUGAUGUACCUGUGUGUUUUGUUGUUUUCCACACUAACCUGGACCUUAUGAAGGGAUAGUUUUUAAAUUACAGUAGUACUAAUUAAUUACUGUACUGUCCAUUUUCUGCUAUAGGUAGCCAAUCAAUUUAAGGUGUAAUUCUUAUGUCAUAUUAUGUACUGUAGGGAAUGAUUAUCAGAGAAACACUUUCAUUUAUAGCUGUAUCAAUUUAGCAAUGUUGGAAUACUAACAGCCAAGGAUAAACCUGCGUAUGUGCGUUAAUGUGAAAUGUGAAAGGUAACGUGUUUGCAUAGUCAGUGUACUAGUAGCUUCUUGUGAGUGUGUAAUAGAAGGUGUCGCAGCUCACACUGUUGCACAGCAUGGACUCCAGAUGUGUUGUCCGUCUGAGCUGUGAUGUUGACAUGCCAAUAACAUACCUUCCCCAUCCCCAAUGCCUUGACCAAGUGCCGAAGCGUACCUAGUUCUUUUCCGCACUGCUGCAUUUAGCUUUUUUUCCCUAUAGUUUCAUAUGAAGAUGCUAGCCACCUGUUUUGUUUAGGUUAGAUAUUAGUUAAAACACAGGGUCAAGCCAUGAAUCUUCUUUCAGUCUAAAUCCUGACAUGAUUUACAGCAAGCAGUUUAACCCCACAUAUCUUAGUAAAUCCUAGCAACUAGCUCCAAUCUCCAAUUUGUUUCUAUAGGAAAUGCCGAAAUAAUAAUAAUGCUUGAUGACCUGCAGUAUCCCGGCACUAAUAUCUUGGUUUGAAGCUUAUGACAUUGAGAAUUCUGCUUCUUGUAACAUGCAUACAGGUUUCUUGUAUACUAUCACAUGAUGUGGUACUGGAGUUUACAGAAUGUAUCUCAGUCUAAAACGUACUGCAUUGCACUCAGUGACAGUAGGACACACUGCAGUGUAUUAAAGCUGAUGAAAAUCAUCUUUCCACUUCACCUGUGCUCUUACUAAUGUCAUUGCCAAGGUACCUGCUGAAGGGUUGUCUUCACUCAAGAUGCGGAUCUAGGCAAAGAUUACCUUAAAACUAUUAGCGUUUCUACUAUUAGCCUCAAUAAAACAAAACAUUUUCUUUGCUUUGAAACCAUUUGCUAAAACAUUCUCUUUCCCAGAUUGUAAUUAUAUUAUCUUGUCCAGAGACAAGAACCAGCCUCAACUCCCCUGUCUUAUAUAUCGUGCAGAAGCCCCAGUGAAUCUUUUCAGUGCUGUAACCAAAAUGUACAGCACUGGGGAAUAAUGGAAGAAGCUAGGUAAGUUAUAAAGCAUGCAACUAAUGCUAGUAACAAUCAACAAGUUCAGUAUCCAACCGAGUGCUGCCUUCUCAGAGCACAUUGUGUCUGAGAUCCUGUGUGUUUUAUAGGGCGUUCCUUGGUACAAAUACACAGUACAAGGUUAUGAGUCAUUAAUGCUUACUUAUCAUGUUUAUACAUAUACAAUGAAAUUUGGCUGCUCAAAUUAAACAACAAACCUAGUUAGCCAUAUAGUAUAAGUCAUUCAAAUUCAAAUAAAUUGGCAUGUUCCACAUGUAUUACUAUCUUUUGAAAGAAAAAUUGAAUGUGUUGUUUUACAUAUUGUCAUGUCAACCUCA